UCUUUUUCAGGUAUUCCUACAGGGAUGCCAGGGCUGGUGUGAUAGGUGUGAGACCUAGGCUUUUGAUGCACAACUGAAGUAAUUACGGUUGUAAAUGAAGUGCAGGGCUGGUGUAUAUUUAUGUCAUGUUUAUCUGUGCUGUCAAGUUCUUGCAGCGAGAUCCAUGUUUGGCCUGCGUCACCUCAGCCAAAAUGGAUGGUUGCGACUUGCGAUCGAUUAUGAAACCCUUCUGACCACAAGUGUUUGGUUCUCUCCCGAGCCUGUGCAGGUUUGUGGAAGUCUGGUCGUACCUCUUUGGCUUACCAUGCCAUGUCCGAUCGCUGACACGUGCCACCAUUGUGGUGGUUCCCGCCCAUUCAUUCACGCAACCAUUUUCAAUGGCCUCGAUUUGCCAGGUCAGCGACAUCGUCGCGCAUUCCUCCUGCCCUUGGGAUUCGGGAUUGCAUCAUCAGCCGAGCACAGCUCUUGGGAUUGUCGAGCUCCCGCCAAAUCUUGGCCUACACCAACCAGUCUACCAUUGGUUCUCACAUGCAGUCCUGAGGAGCCAGAGCUUGCUCUCGGGCAUACUUCUGCUGAUGGGAAGCCAUUUCUGAAUGCAACUGCGGCUCCAAGCAAUCUCUGUCCCAGAAGGUGAAGUGAGCUAGAUUCCGGCAGCGGGAGCCUGACCUGUCCGUUGUUUUCCGGAAUUUCGGUCCUUGUCUCUCACCAGUUGUCACAAUACGGCACAGGGAGUUUUUUAGUGAGCUUCAGUUUCAAUUGUGUGCCAAAGGGAACCGUCGGAACCGCUCUUCGUUUCGUCAGAUAAUCGUAUUUAAGGAUGGCAACCGUACGUGUUCCUACUCAAGCAACACCGCAGUACGCUAGACUAAGCAGCGCGUCACGGUCCAGGUCAUCCAAUCGCAAGACCGCUAGAAACUCAGUUCAUCUCCCCAAUCACAGCCUCUCUGCGAAUGUCGGUCUCCGAACCAGUCUAAAUACCGUCAAGCACUCUCUUACAUCGAGCCAUGUCCAUCCCGAUGCGUCCUCUGGACGUCACACAACCCGCGCUGUCGCCGCUUCUCCCGCCGUUACCGACAAGCCACCCUCCCUCUUAGACCUCGUGCCAGAGAUCGAAAUUGAGCAACUCGACAUCUCAUUCCCAGCAUACAGCCCCGAGGAUUCAGCCGGAACACUUGACCUAAUCGUUGUCGGCGCGGGUCCUGCCGGCCUCUCCGUCGCGCAGCAGGUCGCGUCGCAUGGCAUGAAAGUAUGCUGCGUGGAUCCCGCUCCCGCGUCCAUGUGGCCGAAUAACUACGGCGUGUGGGUCGACGAGUUCGAGGCGCUAGACCUCACGGACUGUCUAGACUACGUUUGGCAGAAAGCGGUGGUGUAUUUAGACGACGGCAAGCAGAAGUUCCUGGACCGGCCGUACGGGAGGGUCAGUCGGCGAGCGCUGAAGAUGAAGAUGGCGUCGCAGUGCAUCAAGAACGGGGUCACCUUCCACGCAGCUAAGGUUGACAGCGUGGAGCAUACAGCAGAAAACUCGGUGGUGCGGUGCAGCGACGGCACGGAGAUCAGAGCAGCGCUCGUGCUGGACGCCACGGGCUUCUCGCGACGGCUCGUUCAGUACUCGCAGCCGUACAACCCGGGCUACCAGGCCGCAUGGGGCAUUGUUGCCGAGGUGGAUUCCCAUCCGUUCGCGCUGGACCAGAUGGUGUUCAUGGACUGGCGGGACUCGCACCUAACCCCGGGCACGCCCCUGCACAAGAGCAACGCCGACCUCCCCACCUUCCUCUACGCCAUGCCGCUCUCGCCAACCACCGUCUUUCUAGAGGAGACGUCGCUAGUGGCGCGCCCUGCCGUGCCGUUUGACGAGAUCCAGAGGCGGCUAGAGAAGCGGCUGGCGCAUCUGGGGAUCAAAGUGCGCGCGAUCACGGAGCAAGAGUACUGCCUGAUUCCCAUGGGCGGAGUGCUGCCAGACAUGCCUCAACGCGUGCUGGGGAUAGGCGGCACGGCGGGCAUGGUGCACCCUUCCACUGGCUACAUGGUGGCGCGGACCCUUGCAGCAGCGCCAGUGGUGGCAUCGGCAAUAGUGAAGCAGCUGGAGAAGGAGGGGAGGCAGCAGGGCGAGAGGAUAGGGGGGGACGACAUAUCAGCGCGUGUGUGGGAGGACGUGUGGCCACUGGGCCGCAAGGAGCAACGGGAGUUCUUCUGCUUCGGCAUGGACGUGCUUCUGAGGCUGGACCUUGCAGGCUGCCGCCGGUUCUUUGAUGCCUUCUUUGACCUCACGCCCUACCAGUGGCAUGGCUUCCUCUCCUCCCGCCUCACCCUGGUCGAGCUCAUCUCGUUCGGCCUCUCUCUCUUCAAGCACGCAUCCAAUCCAGCGCGUAUUGAGAUCAUGGCAAAGGGGCUGCCUGGCUUGGGUACACUCAUUCAGAACGUGGUCAAAAUGCGGGUCUAGGGGGCUACCAGGAGGAUACCUCUCUGCUCCAGGCACUACCGGGGGUGGUUUACCAGCUUUCCUUUCACGUUUUGCGAGUUUGCAGUUUCCACAUACCAGAAACGCAAGUGCGAGUUUAGUGAUAGUGCAUACGAUUAUUGUGUUGUGGAUGUAGAACUGCGUUGUACAAUCCUUGUGUACUCACCAGUGUAACAGAUCUCAUGUUGGGUCGCCUGCCAGGCUGACUCAACUAGAGCAUGCUUUGGACAUGAAUGCAUGCAUGGAG